AUGGAUAUAACUGAAGCGAGUACCAUAAUUUUUAGUGUUCGGGAUAACAUUUUAAAGGAACUCGAUAGGAAGUAUUGGGAAUUGAAAAAAGCUGGAAUCUCAAGCCCAAUUCCCAUUCCCAGAGAAGAGCUCAGAUUGCUAGAGAUACUCUACGGAGAUACUUUGAAUAAGGCAGUGGAUAUUCUGAAGGAGAGAAGGAUUAAGCCGUGCAAGGAGUGUCCACAUGAGAAAGGUAUUUACGAAUUGCAGCAAUUUAAGAUUCAGGGCAGCAAGAACAAUGUUUAUCAUUUGGCGGAGAAUGCAAUGAUCUGUCGGUGUCAGGCUUUUAAGCAUCACUUUUUUACCCAUUCCAAGAAGUUUCAGUGCAAGCACAUCCUUGCUCUGGCUCUCAUGAAGUUCUAUUACAGCGAUUACACUCCGACUGUUGCUAAAAAGUUUUGA